GGCAUCAGUGUCUCUUAAGUCCGUGAGUAGGAAGCAUCUCGCGCUCUCGCCCCGGCCAGCCUGUGUGCCGUGACCCGGUUGAAUUGUAUUUGGUUACCAGAAGUGAAUUGUGACAUUGUUUUGCCUGGAUAAUUACGCCCAUCAUCUCUACUCGUCAUUGUCAGGUGAUGUUCGGGCGCGCGGCACAGGGGCGGGGUGCUGGGAGCCGGUGGUGAGGCGCGGCGGCCACGAUGGACCACAGUGUGAAGGCCAUGACCCCGCACCGCAAGGUGGCCUUCUCGCGGCUCUGCCACAAGCACCGCUUCGAGAAUGAUGAGUUAGAGGAGCUGUACCGCCGCUACACGCUCAAGCUGCAGCAGGCCAGCGUGGCGGCGGCCUCCGCGCUCAUGCUACUGCUGUGCCUGCUGCUGGCGGCGCUGCACGUCGCCUACGCCCAGGCGGCUGCCCCCACGCCCAUCACGCUGCUGGUGCUGUCCCUGGUGCUGGCUGCUCUGCUCGUGCUCCUCAACUCCAGAGUGAUGCGCCACUCCUACCUGAUGCCCACCUGCUACCUGCUGCUGGGCCUGGGCGCCCUGCUGGUGGCCCUCGCCCUGCCGCUGCCCUCACGCUGGAGCUGGAUUGGCUGGCAGGAGUUCGCCACGGCAGGCCAGGGCGUGUGGCAGACUGCCUUCAUUGCCUUCCUUGUGUACGCCCUCACGCCCGUGUCCACGCCCAUCGCCCUGGCCUACGGCGUGGUGCUACCCUCAUGUCAGGUGGCCCUCGCCGCCACCCUGGCCACGCCCUUCGCGCCGCUACACUGGCAACAGCUGGUGGCCAACAGUGUGGUGGCGGCGGCGGUGAAUGUUGCGGGCGUGUGGCUGCAGCAGAUGAUGCAGGCAGGGCAGCGCAAGGCUUUUCUCGACACCCGGAACUGUAUCGCCGCCAGACUGCAAAUGGAGGACGAAAAUGAAAAGCUGGAGCGCUUGCUGCUAUCUGUGCUGCCCCAACAUGUGGCCAUGGAGAUGAAGGCAGACAUCAUCAAGCCAGUGGAGCGACAAUUCCACAAGAUCUACAUUCAACGACAUGAAAACGUCAGCAUGGUGUUUGCAGACAUCGUGGGCUUCACAGUACUGGCAUCUCAGUGCACUGCUCAGGAACUCAUUCGACUCCUCAACGAACUCUUUGGGCGGUUUGACCAGCUUGCUGAUGAUAACCACUGUUUACGCAUCAAGAUCCUGGGCGACUGCUACUACUGUGUGUCUGGCCUGCCUGACCCAAGGAGCGACCAUGCCCGCUGUGCCGUGGAGAUGGGACUGGACAUGAUAGAUGCCAUAGCCUCUGUGGUUGACGCGACAGACGUGCAACUCAACAUGAGGGUCGGCAUCCACACAGGGCGGGUGCUGUGCGGCGUGCUGGGCCUACGCAAGUGGCAGUAUGACGUGUGGUCCAACGACGUGACCAUGGCCAACAUGAUGGAGGCGGGAGGGGAGCCAGGGCGAGUGCACAUCACACAGGCAACGCUGGACUGCCUGGGGAACGAGUACGAGGUGGAGCCAGGGGACGGACAGCUGCGCUCCCAGUACCUGAGGGACCACAACGUCACCUCCUACUUCAUCAUUCCUCCCCCACGCCGCCGAAAGCCCCUCCUGUUCAACACUCUCCAGGUGCGGUCAGCCUUAGGGUCAACGCACCGCAGGAAACUAUCCUUCAAGAAUGUGAGCAAUGUGGUAGUGCAGCUGCUGCACUCCAUCAAGUACUCCAUGGAGGUGCCCUUCUCCAACAUGGCCAUCCCACCACAGGAGAAAUCAACGUCCAUCACCAAGAAGUCUAGCCUUCUGUCAGAUAAAUUCAAGCGACCAUUCAAGAAGAGACACUCGUCCCUUCCUCACGCCCCAUCGAACCGAGUUAACAAGUACUUAGCUCAGGCCAUUGAGGCGAGAUCAGUGGACCGGGAGAAGUCCACCCAUGUGUCACUGAUCACACUGUGCUUCAGAGACAAACAGAAGGAGAGACACUACCAUGAGGAACAGGACGUUGGUUUCGGCAGUUCUCUUCUGUGUUCAUUGUUCCUGCUGCUGUUUGUGGCGUCUGUGCAAGCCCUGGUGUUGCCCCGCACGCUGCUCUUCCUCUUCUUGUUCCUAGCUGCAUUUGUCACAAUAUCUGUUAUAUUAAUUGUUCUCCUUGCAUCAAGGUUGAAGGUCACCACAUGGGAUCCCUCAAGGAGGUUUGUGCUGCGCCUUGUGCUGACCAUCGUGGCUGUGACCGUCAUUUAUAUCAUGGCUCAGGUUAAUUCAUUUACUUGUAACUUGCCAUAUGUUGCCUGCAAACCCAACAUGACUCUUACAACUUCAAGACAUCGCGGACCACAAGACUUUGUCCGCAACCUGUGGUGUCCACUGCCUGAAUAUAUUCCUCUCUCGUGUGUCCUCGGGUUUAUAUCUGUGGCAGUGUUCCUCCGCCUGCCUAUGCUGGUCAAGGCUCUGCUGGUGACCUCCAUGGCAACUGUUUAUGCCCUCUUGAUCUGCUUCACACACCUGUCACUGUUCACCUGUUACGAUGCACGGGUUGGGGCGGUGGUCCCCACGGAAGUGUUAGCAGUGGUGUACAUUUUGCUGUUCUUGUUGGCGGUGAUAGCUCACGGCCGCCAGGUGGAGUGGACCGCAAGACUUGACUUCCUCUGGCAGUGUCAGGCUGCCGAGGAGAAGCAGGACAUGGAUGCUCUGCAGGAAAGCAAUCGCCGCAUCUUGUUCAACCUUCUCCCAGCUCAUGUGGCAACUCACUUCCUUGACAAUCAGUUCAGGAACAACAUGAAAGAAAAGUACACCUCCCCCAUCGCCCUGCAGGACCUGUACCACCAAAGCUACAGUCGUGUGGGUGUUGUCUUUGCCUCAAUUCCAAACUUCCAUGAGUUUUACACUGAACUUGCCGUUAACAAUCAAGGCACUGAGUGUUUGAGGGUUCUCAAUGAGAUCAUCGCUGACUUUGAUGAGCUGCUGGAUGAUGAGCGCUUCAAGUCUGUGGACAAGAUCAAGACAGUUGGCUCUACCUUCAUGGCUGCCGUGGGACUGAUGCCAGACAUGAGGAUUCUAGACCACAAGGAAGAAUCAGCCAGUUACUAUUUGUCUGUCCUGGCUGAACUUGUCUUUGCCUUUAGGGAAAAGUUGGCAAAUAUCAAUGAAAAUUCAUAUAAUAAUUUUACCUUGCGAGUCGGCAUGAAUAUUGGCCCCGUGGUGGCUGGAGUCAUUGGGGCAAGGAAGCCGCAGUACGACAUCUGGGGCAACACUGUCAACGUUGCCAGCCGCAUGGACUCAACAGGACUGCCUAAUCAUACACAGGUGACAGAGGAGGUGUACCAGGUGCUGCGCAACAGACCGUACCAGUUCCAGUGCCGUGGCAAAGUGAAGGUGAAAGGCAAGGGAGAAAUGACCACCUUCUUCCUCAUUGACCGUAAGGAGCCGGCCACCAUCAAGGCAGACGAGGACCACCAGAUGCCACCCCCGAAGAUUCCUCCUCACCUGCAGUCCUACGCCCCGGAUCAUGGGUGUGGUUGGCCUGUGUGGCCCGCGUAUUGUGUGGUUGGGCAGUGUGGCGGCACCCUCCACACUCCCCACUCCUCCCACCGCCCACACCAACGCCACUACCACACCCACAAUGGUGGACUGUUUGGGGGUGUGGCAACACCUCUGGCAAUGGUGCCCCCGAAGGUGCCUCCCCACGGCCGUAGUCUUUCCCAGGGUCUCACUGGACAGCUGGUGCACGGCCAGCCAGGAGGAACCCCUCGCUCCCGCCGCAACAGAGACUCCUUUGGUGACGACUUGCAGGCAAUGAAUAUCAAUGGCCAGAACCUCACCAAGUCAGGAGGAAGGCAGUCAGGAGGAGAUGGCCAGAGGUGUGAGGAGGAGCCACUGCUGACCAGAGUUCCUCCAGCUCCUCUUGAUGCUCAUGUCCUCCCACCAAGAUUCUCUGUUGGACAGAUGCGCUCCAGCAACAAGUCUCAGACCCCAACUCGAGCUGCUAUGCAACAGAUGAAGCCCCAGGGCUCCAUCACGGCCCCCAAACCAUAUUCUCAGUCCCGUCCUCGUACCUACCGCCCGGACGAGUACAACUUCCCACCAAGUGCAUACGCCCCUGCUUGGGCUCAGGUUCAGGGGUUCAGUGCACCUCACCAGGGAGCCAACCCUGGAAAUGCCGUGAAGAAAGUGUCAGGACGGAGCCGAACCUCUCCAAGAAAAGAGAAUGACGACGUACAGCUACGGCUUCCAGACCCAAGCAGGUCAGGUCUGAGUGGAGGACUCAUCCUGCCACCUGUGCCGCGCCACCACCAUGUGGAGGAGGCUGGAGUGCGGCAUAAGCUGCGCUCCUUCGCCAGGCACUACAGUGAUGACAGUUUGCAUGGGUCAUCUCACAGAGACCUUCACUCCACCCGCAUCCACUCUUCUGCGGAUGAAAUCAGUUCCCUGAACCGUUCUCCAAGCCUCAGUUCCUCUGACGAAAGCUUCUCACGUACGGACUUCUCUCGCACUGACGCUGACUCGCCAUCGCCGCAGCACACUCCUUCCCUAAGUGAUGAGCGCUUCAAAUACAUGUUCAGUGGCAUGAAUCUGGAAGGUGCUGCUGCGCCAGGCUUUAGGGAACUCUCACCACAGAUAUAUUCAGACUAUUUAUCAAGUGUCAAAGCUUCAAGUGAUGAAAGUUCUUUGCGUUUGAACAGUCUUUCACGGGACUCCACGACCUAUUCCUAUCCCAACGUACCUGGACUGUGGAGGGAAACGGAUAUAACCAGUCCAGGUCCCGAGGAGAGGAUGCGGAGGGAUGACUUAGUGAUACCAAAGUUAACUGCUGAAUUUUCUAGUGACAAAGUGAAACGUAGUAAACUUAGUGAUAAGGCAGAGACGGAGGUUCCUUCACAGGUAGACAAUUGUGUGAGUCAUAGCGCUUCCCCAUCCAGUGAGAAAGUGAAACCUGGAUGUAGACUAAGCUAUGUGGAUUGUGACCUUAACUCCCCCUCAAGAACUAGUGCCUCUGGGAGCACCAGCCGAAUGCGCAGCCUCGAAAGAAGUCCUCGAGAAACCUCGGCAAUGACUCCCGAUAGUGUUAUUAUGUCAAAAAAGCGUUCCUUGUCAAGGGAAGAAAGCCAGAAAAUGGGUAAUCACAUUCAAUUAGAACACGACCAGUCCCGUAAACGAAAUCCAGAACGUCAGAAAAAGGAUGGAGAGUGCCAGACAGACCCACGCAACCACCACCACAGAGCCAUUGCCUCAAGCACCAGGACACCAGAAAAAAUCAAAAUAGAUAAAAAAUUAGAAAAAUCUUCAACAUUUGAGGGAAUACCAGAGGAUGGAAAGUCUGCAUCACUCGACUGCAGUAGAGGAAGGUAUGGUGGUCUGAGUGGAAGUAGUGAGAUUGAGCAGGAAAGGGAAACACAGCAGCAGGAAAGCUCAGAUGUUAGUAACAACAACUCAAGUAGUAACAUCAUGGAGAAUUAUGCAGGUAACACACUCGAAGGUUACUCAGCUCUUCAAAAGGCUGCCCAACAACAGGAAAAGGAAUUGAAUAAUAUGUUUGGGAAUCAGAUCAGGUUGGAUCCACUGUCUGUCAAACCACUUACAGCAGAGUUGAUGAACCUUGACCCUGUAAUGCUUGGCCUUCACUUUGACCCCCAUGGUAAUCAGACAGUGCUGCAGCUCACCUCUGCUUCUGUAGAAGGGGACUUGGCGCCCCACCAGCCAACCACUCCCCAGCUGGCGAAGCUGUCCCUGGCUGACAAAGUGCCACUAGACUCUAGAGCACAGGCUUCCCGAGGCCCUCUUGGCCACAAGUUUCCUCUGGAGAUUCCUGCCCCAGAGAGAAUCAGUCUCCACCAGAGUGUGAGGAAAUUUGUUGGCUCCAGAAUGCCUGGACCUUGUGGACACAGUGAGUAUGAGAACAUGGAAUCCGACGUGCCAGACGCCUCCACUGACGAUGAGGGGCUCAGUGACCUGCGGCGGGACACUGCAGGAGGCAAGGUGGCCUCAGGAGACAGACGCCCUGAUGACAAGAGGGAAAGUCCUAAACAGAACCUGUCAGUGGAGAAGCACAGCCUGAAGGGAGGUGAACACCAGACAGAUGACGACGAGGACGUGAGGUCCUUUGAGGAGGAGGAGCGAAGGAUGGCCCAUGAGUUGAGUGGUGCUCAGAUGGACAGAUCUGGAAACACUUCAGGGCAAUCAUUACCAGUGCCCAGCAUAGGAGAUGGAGGGGAAACUAGUCAGUCUGAGUGGAGUGAGGAUGAUGAUGGGGCCGCCUCGGAGCCACUGCUGGACCAGGAAAGCACCGGCUACACCACUGAUGACCCAGCCCUGGAACAAGUCUCCAUGAUAAAUGAUGCAGGACUCACAGAUGCUGAAGGUGCCUUGAGUGACGUCAACUCCAUCUACAACGACCCACACCAGUACGAUGGAGACAUGGAUGACACGAGCAUGUCGUCUCGUGCCUCUUCCAGGAUAUUUGACUCGGACAACAUCAUCUCGUUUGAUCAGAUCAACGCCUACUAUGAGUCUGAGUACGACAACUACCGUCCAGGUGUGGUGGCCUCCGAUGGUUUUGACACAGAGCCACUCUCUGAUGUUGAUUUUGAUGGGAUUGAUGGCAUCAAUUUGCAAAAUAUCAGAACCAUGUCAGAGAGUAUCACUCGCAAUUUUGGACAGCCCCGAAAUGAGACAGAUGUAGACAGUGAUGUAUGAUAUUGGGUGAAAUCCUUAAUGGAAGACUACUGCAUAGAAACUACUGUUUGAAAAAGUAACUCCUUUCUACUACAAUGAAUUCACAAGGGUCAUAUUUUCUACGCCACAAGAAAUGUUGAUAUUAUGGUGAGGAGGAUUUUAUAGGCCAGAAAAGGCAGUGCUUGGCUGCAGGUGUUUGACAUAUUCAACUCGGCAAAUCAUACUUGUGAUGCUGGUAUUACAUAAUGGCAAAGUAUGUACCUAAGACUGUGUAAUAUACAGAUGUUCAUUCUUUUUUUUUUUUCCCCACACACUUAAAGCUCCACCUGAAAAAAUUUGUUAUAAGAAUAUUGAGUAACAUUCAUGUGCUAUCGUGAAACCUUCAGUGUCCUCCGUUCAGAGAUCCAUGAAAUGCCAGUGAAUUGGUGAUACAAAGGUACAUGUAAAUCACAUCAUUAUGCCUUUAUAUUAGUAGUUGUGGAUUCACUCAUGUUAACAAAGAGCAUUGGAUUUAUGCUGUACCUCAUAUAUGGAGAAAAGACAAAUUUACAAAUAUAUUUUUAAAAGAUUUAUCUACUAGUAUAUUUGAUAACGUACAGCAGAAUGCUCAAGUCAUGGAAUCAGAAGACAUUACCAAUCAUUUUAGAUUACUUGAAAUGGAAAAAAGAAUUAAGAUAAAAAAAAUGCAGAAAUAAGCAUAUAUGUAUGUAUUAAAUAUUUCUGUUGAAUGUUUGUACUUGUACAUAGAAAGUUGAUGUAACAGGACUUCUCAACAUGAGCCCAAGGGGUGCUGCACAGGAGGAGUUAGACAAGGUAGUGUAAGAUGUGUGCAAUUGUACAUAUUUAUGUAUAUUAAUGACCUGCUACACAAGUAGACUUGCAAGCCUCACCUGUCACUACAAGGAACUGGGUAUUCAAUAUUCCAUACCUACAGAAGCAUAGUUCCAAUUGAGGCUCAAGAUUCUUAGUCUGUGUGAAGCUGUGAACACCUCAUUGUCCUUUAUUUGUGUACUCUUUCAAUUUAUAGGAGACUGAGAUAUCAUAUAGUUGCCUCGUGAAGAGUCAAGAUCUGUCAGCGCUUCACAGAAUAUGUAUCAUUAAGGAAAUGUGAUGCUUGAACAUACUUGUUAAUUGUUCCACUGUCAGGACCUCUACAUGAAUAUUAUGAAUAUUGCACUGUGUUGCUCAAAGUUCAGAGUAUUCUCACAUCUCAUGUUUAUUCCAUUGCUGGAAUAAUUGGUGGUAUUUCUCUGGCUUUGUACUGCAGAACCUCCCUAAAAAGAAUUAAUUUAGAAUAUGUUACGACCAGUCAUGCUCAUUGCCACAUGAAUCAAACACUAUUCAAUAAGAUCUGCCUCGCAUAUGUUCAGGCAGGCACUGCAUAUUUAAGACACUUUGAUGAACUAAACACAGUACCUGAACAUGCAGCUGAGCUCUUAUGAUUCAACUGUAAGGUAAACCCAGAAAAUGUUACAAAAUUAUUAUACCUUUAAAACUUUUAACUUGUUAUGGUAACGUCCCAAAAUUAAUCAAGCACAUGUUGUAUCUCACAUAAUUAAUAGGUUUCAUUAUUAGUACUUAUAAAGAAAAGGGAGAGAAGAUAUUUUUUCCUUUAAGCUGAAGCCUGUCCUUCAAACCUUAAAAUCAAAAAGCAAACCAUUCACAUACAGCAUGCAUGAUUGCACUGAAUUUGGAACUUGCUCAGACUUCUUAUUGCUUUAGUUUCUUUUCCAAGUAGUUUCUCCUUCAUAUAUAACAAAUUAUGUCUUCUUCAUUUCACUGUUCAGUGUGAGUCAACUCUAAAGCUCAUCUGUGUUGGCUUAAGCACUUUUUGUACAAGUGCUUGUCCAAUUUCAUGCUAAGACUUUAUUUAGCAUUAGAAUAAACAUCAAAAUGUUUACUAUUCCUAGAUACUGUAAUAUUUGUUUUCAAUGCACAUUAAUUGAAAAAAUAGGUUAGACAUUACUAAUAUUGUGCCACAAAAUCAAGGCAUAUUGUAGUAAAAACAAAUGUAUGUAGAAUUAGAAAGCUGAAUUUUUCAUGUAAUGGAAGUUUUGGUUUGGAAACCAUCCUCUAUAUCUAAAAAAAAAUUUAUACUAUUGGAAUAGUAAUCCAUAUGAAGCCCAAGAGAAAAUAUUAUUUAUAAUUUUUACUGUUGUGGUUAUUAGAUCACAAAUACUUCCUGGAUGGUUGUUAUUUUUGGCACAAUUACAUCACAAAACAAAAAAUUGACAAUGGUCUAAUAUUUAUACAAGCCAUGCACAACAUUGAAGCAAAUAUUGUUGACGACACCUGCAUCAGAUUGUUGGUUUCUGGAUAUUGUUUCAACAUAACAUUAAAUAAUUUAGAUAGAAAGUCAAAUUUUGUAAAAAAAAAAUAUAUAUAUAUAUAUAUAUAUAUAAUUAUAUACUUGCAGUGCUAGACAGUAUUUUAAGAAAACCAUUUAUAUAGCCAUUGCCUUUGAUGUGUGCAAUUUGUGUUAUGCCAAGUAAGCGGCAUCUCAGUGCGUGUCUGACCAUAUUUUCAUAGACAACAAAAAAUUACUAAUUGUAUUCAGUUGUUGAAAAUUCCUCAUGUCUGUAUAUAUAUAUAUAUAUAUAUAUAUAUAUAUAUAUAUAUAUAUAUAUAUAUAUAUAUAUAUAUAUAUAUAUAUAUAUAUAUAUAUAUAAUCUCAGACAUAGAUGGUGUGUGUACAUUUGUUUCUUGUUUUCAUGUGAGCAACUUAUUGACAGAUUUAAUAUACAGUAAAUUUAUCUAAUUUUACCUGAAAGCCUUGAACCCAUAAGAAGUACUCAGGAACACAAUAAAUAGUUAAUAUGAGUAUAGAAGAUAAUUGUAAUUUGAUAUUUUAAUGUUGGCUGUGGGAUGUUCUGGUUACAAGAUGUGUAGUUUUAAAUGCCCAAAAUUCAAAUAAUAUUUAAUUGGUAAUAUGAAAUUCAGCUGAGUUAAUGUAGCAAUACUGUGUUAGCAUGUAAGCCAAAACAGCAUGAUUUGUUAGAGCUUUUUCAUAUACUUGUUGAUGUGUGUCCAAAGUGUUGCUUGGCUGGAAAUGGCUGUACAUUUACAUAUACUAUCUAGACUGUGUUUGUAAAAUGCUUUUGUAGAUUGUUUCAGGCAUGAAUGAUUAACAGCCGCCUUCAUUUGUGCUGUGUGGCGAGGGUGUUUUGUUUUGGCUGGUGGAGCACCUGUCUGUGUGUAGCCUACAGUGUGUGCAUAUGUGUGUGUGCAUUCACAGUAACCAGCAGGCGACCGUGAAUACACACAACACACACACACACACACACACACACACACAGCAUUGAGGACACAAGAAGAAAUAUAACAAGAAAAGGAAAUGGAUGUACAGUUUUCCAAAUAAUACAUACGUAGAACAAUAAAUUUUGUGCAUUACCAAAAUUUUUUUUUUUUUUUUUUUUUUUUUUUACUGAUUUGAUAUUAAAAGAUGAGACAUAAGCUUCACUUAGUUCUGUAAAAAUACAAAUAGGGAAAUGCACAUACACAUAUAUACAUGCACACAUGUACAUUCACAUCCUACCAGCUCAGGAGUACUGUCUUCAAUUGUCACUGACAAGGCAGGAUUUGCACUGUGCUCAUGAUUCAAGGAUUUUCAUGAGUAAUGAGCAGUUUCUGUCCUCCCUUAACAUGAGGAGGGGGUGAGUAGUGAGUUAAAGGUCUGAAUCUCACCAUAGAUGAAGCUUUCAUAAGCUCUAGACUCACUCCUGGACACGAUAGCUGGUGGUCACUAGUCCAGUAUGUGAUCCUGAAGACUGUGGUCAAUUACGCACACACUUAAUAAACAUGGCUUCUUUAAUGGCCAUAAAAUAUUUGAACAUAAAGCAGUAACUAGGCAAGUCUACUUGCUGAUUUGCUAAAAUUAGGAGUUAGAAGCUGAUGUUGAAUCAAGAGAGUAGAAGUUGAUUUAUUUAUCACUACCAUGAAAUGGCUAUGUUUCUAAUGAUAAAUUCAUGUGCAUCCUUUUCUUCACUGUAAAUUUGUCCCUGCAUUAGUUUAUAACAACACCUCUUUUUUUGUGUGUACAUUAUCAUUAUAGAGCCAUCAUUUCAUCACCAUUGUCAUUAUUACCGUUGCCACCACCCCAGUGUGUCAUCAUCAUAUUGCCAAGUGUGAGAGUGUGUGUGGUUGAAGUCCAGCAAUUCAUGUAGAAAUAUUGCCUACAAGCCAGUCAAGAAGUGUUGCAUGUUACUUGAGUGAGUGAGUUACAAGCUCCAAGACAAUUUCUAAAGUGUGGAUGUGGUGUAGCUGCAGAAAGAAGCAAAACCUGUAAACAUUGUAUAGUUGUUUAAUAUUAGCUUACAGGCAAAACAGUAUAGAGGAAAGGAAAUGAAUGCUGUGCAGGAUCUUGUAGGAAGAGGUGUGAACUUGUAUGCUUGUAUUCUUAGCAAUUUUAUCAGGGUAAACCACUCAAAAGAAGUCAUUACUCAGUGGGGUAAAGUCAAGGCAAAUCAAAGUACUAUUUUUUAUUUACCUAAUUUUAUACUAUGAUGCAAACUGUUGAUCAAUCUCAUUAAGGGUUAUAGAAAGCAGGUAAACAGGAUUGUAUACUUCAUGAACUGUCUUAAUAUUAUGCCCACUGGUGCAGCCAUAACUCCAAACACCAUGUCUUUUGUCUCCAUGGUAUUUAAAACUAUUAUUCAGAUUAUUCACUAUUAGCUGAUCAAAAUCUUGCAAUUGAUCCCAUUUUUAAGGUAAACAAUAGGAUGUUUUCAGAGUAGGGAAAUUUUGCAGAAUGUUACUAAAAUUUUUGUACACAAUAGCUCUUUUGCUGUGGUACUUAACAUUACACAUUAUUAAAAGAGAUAUCCAAUGAGAAAUAUGAAUGAAUAGCAUGAGGUGUACUUGUUUUACUUUGACAAGAUUGAGGAAGUAUUUGAGGAUGUGGUAAGUAUUUUUGUCAAUAUUAUCAUGUACUUUGUUACUAUGUUGUACUUUUCACUGUAAUAUAAUUGCUGAAUAAUAUUUGUACAUGAGUGAUUUUUUUCCUAAUACAGAUUGAUAGCCAGACAACACAAUGGAAAUAUUCAAAGUGUGAGUAUAGUACAGUACAAUUUAGUUGGAUGAUUUAUUAAUAUUUUAUGUAUUGCACACAAACUAAUGCUGUUUUCCUCCACACGAGUACUAUCUGUUGUGGACACCUUGAGUUGGGUAGAUGUCUUGCCAAAUUACGAUGCCAUAAGUGAUGUUAAUCCUUAAUCGUAGCCACAUCAAGGUCACUUGCCACCAGGUCCUCAGUACUCAUGUUUGUUUUGAAGGUUUGAUGCUCAUGUAUGCUCUUUCUGUAUUCCUUGCCCAUGUAUAUGCAUCUUUCUUUCAUCAUAAAUACUGGGAAUAUUUUGUAAAUGUUGUAUAUAAUGUAAUGAAAUACACUAGUUUGGCCACUGUUCAAUUUUUAUGAAUACAUACUUAAUUUAUAAUCAA